CUCAGCUGGCAAAACACCGGAGACAGUCAUUCCUGCCAAGGAGACACAAGAUCAUUUCCCUCAUGGCCUCACUGUUACACGAUCACGCUCCAUAACUGAGGAUCAUCAGCCGCCUCUUGACUGUCGUGAGGCCGAACUGCAGCCGAGUCUUCUCACUCUGACUUUGUCUGCUGACUUGGUUUCACUCGGACACUAAUUUUUUUGAAAUGGCUAUUAACACUGAUGCAGAGGAUUGGACUGGUAUCGGCAGCAAUGACUCUGGGGAAAGAGCGUGGCUCUUGCAGAGCCCCAGUGUGGAUUCUGUGGGGCACCUUGAUGGGGACGGUAGGAGGAGUCGAGGUGUGUCGUCCAUAGGAGCCGUCUUCAUCGUAGUGAAUGCAGCACUUGGAGCAGGUCUGCUCAAUUUUCCUGCAGCGUUCAACAUGGCAGGAGGAGUAACUGCAGGAGUUAUGCUCCAGAUGUUUAUGCUGAUCUUCAUCAUCAGUGGGCUCGUAAUCCUGGGCUAUUGCUGCUUGGUGAGCAAUGAAGGCACCUACCAGGAAGUUGUUCGGGCCACCUGUGGGAAAGUCACAGGAGUCGUAUGUGAAAUAGCCAUUGCCAUCUACACCUUUGGCACUUGCAUUGCUUUCUUUAUCGUCAUUGGAGACCAGCUGGAUCGCUUGAUUGCAGCAGUAGCUCAAAGCACAGACGACACAGUCAGCAGCUACUGGUACACUGACAGGAAGUUUACCACCGUCGUUACUGCAGUCCUCGUCAUUCUUCCUCUCUCCAUCCCCAAAGAAAUCGGCUUUCAGAAGUAUGCAAGUGCCCUGAGUGUGAUAGGAACCUGGUACGUUACAGUCGUGGUCAUUGUGAAGUACAUCUGGCCAGACAAAGAGGUCACUCCAGGCUAUAUUCCCAGCAGUUCUGCUUCAUGGACAGCAGUUUUCAAUGCAAUGCCCACCAUAUGCUUUGGUUUCCAGGUAUCUCCUCAUUCAUGCCACGUCAGCUGUGUGCCUGUGUUCAACAGCAUGAGGAGGAAAGAGAUCAAACCGUGGGGAGUUGUGGUGACCCUCAGCAUGAUAAUCUGUCUGUUUGUUUACACAGGAACAGGUGUUUGUGGCUUCUUGACUUUUGGCUCCAACGUGAGUCAGGAUGUGCUGAUGUCGUACCCUCCUGAUGACAUUCCAGUCGCCAUCGCAAGAGCUUUCAUCGUCGUAUGUGUGGUCACCUCCUACCCCAUCUUGCACUUCUGCGGCAGGGCAGUUAUAGAGGGACUUUGGCUGCGCUUCCAAGGUGAGCAGGUGGAGGUGUGUGUUCGUCGCGAGAGGAGGAGGAGGAUCCUGCAGACGCUGAUUUGGUUCGUCAUCACCCUGGUCCUUGCCCUGUUCAUCCCAGACAUCGGCCGCGUUAUCUCACUGAUAGGAGGACUGGCAGCCUGCUUCAUUUUUGUGUUCCCAGGUUUGUGUUUGAUGCAAGCCAAACUGUCUGAGACGGACAACCGAUCUGCAAGCUGGCACGUGUUGCUGGUCUUCGGCGUUGCCAUGGUCACACUUGGGGCAUUCAUCUUCGGCGUCACUACAACAAACUCCAUCUAUCAAGAUGUUGUCAACUAAAAGGGAUGUUUUUUUUGGGGGGAGGCACUGUCCUCCGUAAAGGGAAUGCUGAGACCUGUGCUGCUACACUGCAUGAGAUGAAAUAUUUCAUGACUCUCAUUUCUAAAAGCUCAAGUCCAUCACAGCUCACCCCGUCAGAUCUGGAGUGUUUGGUUCAGUCCACUUCAUGCCGCCAUCUUCAGACACUUUCAUUUUAGUUCCCUGUGAAGUUUAAACAGCAUGUUGAGUUUUUGACUGUCACAACUCCUGAGGAAAACGGACUGGUUUCUCCUGUUUCUGGACGCUGUAUUGGCAUUGCUGUCCUGUCUAGAAGAACCCAAGGACUUUGUGUGAAAAAGCCUUAAAAUCAGAUUGAUUUUGCUGCUGAAAUUGUACCAAUUUGUGACUUUAACUUGCAUGUCAAUGCUUAUAAUUGGAAAUCAACUCGGUGUUCCCACGUCCUGGUCCGUAAUCUCAUCCAGGUCCAGACUCAUUAAAGGAGCUGCUGAUAGUUUAUCUUCUCUCGUGAAAAACUGAUUCAAGUAAUGUGCUGACACGCUACAAGACGGCAUGUUUGACAUCUGACACAAACGCAGGAAUGCAGUUUAACUCAAUCAAGAGUUUUCAUCCAUAGGGAUGAGAUAAGCUGAUUUCAGGUAGUCAUCCGAUUUAUUUAUUUAACAGAUUUUUUUUAAUGAAGUUACAGUAGAAUUAUUUUUGGAGUUGGUUUGCAUUUGAGCAACUGAGUACAAAACUGUAUUUGUAAAAUAAUGAACUGCCUGAAAGGACAGGGGACUAGUUCUGUGUACGAGUCUGCAGGGUUUCCAAGGCAACCAGUACCUUUGCAUUAGGAUAUGAAAACUUCCUCUGGAGGAAUAAAGAAUCGCUUCCUUGUUGCUAUUGGUCCCCUCAUAGAUUUUAGUUCAUUUACAGAAAGUUGUUUGCAUAUUGGUGGGAAACAUCUGGAAGACUGCAGACCUCAAGCUUCAAGAGGACUGAAAAUAGUCCUUUUGUUGUAAUCAAAACCAAAGUGUGACUUUAUUUUACAUUACUUGGUUGCCAAAGUCUUUUGUGUGUAAACCCAACUGCGUUGAGCACAGUUGUGUUUAAGUUGACAUAUUAGUUCCAGGAGCUUUAUGGUUCAACCUCCAAAAAGUAACUGAAGUAUACGCGUAGAAGGAUGAGACUUGUAUUACCUGGACAUAAUUGAUUUCUAUCUGAUAAUUUCAUUGGACUGUAACAACCAACAGCUUAAAUGGGGUUUCAGUUGAUUUAAGAAUUAGGACUAGGCGUGUUUCCCCUGCUUUAUGAAACCCACCUAAAUGCUUGCAUAUUGUGAACAUGAGGGACGAAUGUUAAAAGGGAACCUUAUUUUGUUAGAAAAUGACGUGCGUUGUGUUCAACCUAAUGAUGCAUCGAUUCCUGGAAGGGAAAGAUGCUGCAGUCCAAGACGAGAGAGUUGAACAUCUCUUGUUGUUUACAAAGUUGUUUUUUUUUAUAUAUAGUUUGGUGCUUCAUUGUUAUAAGUUUCUUAUGUUUUCUGAGCAGUUUUGGUGCUUUUAUGAUCCUCGACUGAUUUACUGUAUUUUUUUUAGGUGGAAAAAUCAACACUAAUCGAAUCAUUAAUCCAUCAUCAGAUUUGUGUGACUGUCUUACAUUGAAACAUUUUGACUGGAUGUCGAAGUGGAAAUGUUUUGUGCUCAUCAAUGAUACUCCAACAACUGACCUGGUGUAGAAACUUGUGGAAAUAAUCUGACAAUCACAUCUCAUGUGUUCGAAGAAAAUGUUUAAUAAAGAGACAAACGUCAAGUGGUGGUGCUUUGAUU